UACCUAAAAUAUAGUAUGUGUAUAGAAAAAAAUAUUUCUUUUGAAAUAUACAAUUAGAACUACCAAUUGUCAUAACACUUGUAUCUAAUGUUGUGAUGUGUUGCUGCUACUAAUUAUCAAAAUGCAACCUCAAUAUGAAGUGCCUUUAAUUCCUCAAAAUCUCAGAGGAGAGGAAAACAUUAUUCAAACUGCAGAGGCUAUAAAUUAUCUAAGUGAUGUUACCACAGAUAUAUUUAACCGUGUCCAAGAGAGGAUUGAAUUAUACAAGAAAAGAAUAGAUGAUAUUACUACCAGAAUAAAUACAUCAAGUGGUAAGUUGGAUAGGCUGACUGGUGCUAAGAAAGCUACCCAGGUAUUCUCCAGCAGCAAAUAUCCAGCUGCAGAUAUUAACACCACAUACAAGUCAAUAUUUAGCUCUGGUAAGCCAUUACCUAUAAAGAAAUUUGCACAUCAAUAUAAGAAUCUUCAAAUCAAGGAUGAGCCUCAUGAUACAUUGCAAUUAUAUCAUGUUAAGGUGCAAGAUAGUAAUAAUAAAGAGAUUUUAGUUGGUCUGGGACCAGCUCCUAAGGAUAUAGAUGCUGUAAAUGAUAUGCUUUUAUAUAACACUGGCAAAAACUUGUAUAGUAAUUAUGUACAUUCUGAUAGUCUUAUUAUGAACAAGUCAUGCAAGGAAGAGGAUAUUAAGGAUGUUUCUGAUAUUGGCGCUGCUCCACAUUCUAUAGCUGACAAGAAGAGCAUUCACAAACCUAUUGGAGAAACGUUCUUCUACUCACCAGAUUUAGGAAAUGUCCCAACGAUAAAUGUUCCUUUGGAUCUACCUGAUUUACCCGGUAUAGCAGACGAUCUUCGAUACGAAACUGAAUCUGAUCCCAGUAUAGCUCCUUCGAUAGCAACAACUCCUAAUGUACCAGAUUUGCCAGCGAUAGUUCAUGAGGACAUUGUUUUACCGAAGAUCGAAGAAAGCGUUGUGGAGAAGCAUAUCGAGGAACCGAAACAAAUUGAAUUACCGCCUGUGGUAACGCCGGAAGUGAUUGAACAGCCAAAAGUUGUUGAGAAAGUGGAACCACCUAAAGAAACGGUUAAGAAAACACGUCCUGAUUCUGAUGCCAGAGCUAGUUUAAUGGAAGCUAUCAGACAGGCAGGAGGAACCAAGAAAUUGCGGCAAGCUGUGGAUGUUGAAAAGUCGUCAAAUACGGCCGCUCCGUCUGGGGGCGACUUGAUGGCUGAUCUUCAUGCGAAGUUGUCAAUGAGGAGGAAAGGUAUCUCUGGUAAUAAACCUGCUGAAGAUUUGGGUGCAUCGUCAGUGUUAAAUAAACUUUCUGCUAUGAUUCCUCCGCCUCUUGUUAAUGACGAUUCGUCUAAUCGUAAUUCCGACGACGAAUGGGAAGACUGAAGAUAUUUCAUAUAUAUUACAUUCGAAUAAUUUAAGUCAUAUAUAAAUACAAUCGUUUAAUAUCA